CACGUCUAAUUUACAAAAAGUAUUUUCACUUUCGUAAUUUUAUGUAAUGCAAAACGUAUAUCAGACCAAGUAUGGCAAAGCUGCGUCCCGUCGCAGAAUCCUUAAUUGGAUAAACAACAAUCUUCGCACAAGUUUCAUGCGCAUAGAGGACCUGCGAUCCGGCGUGGAAUAUUGUCUGAUGCUUCAUAAGCUGAAGCCGUCGGCUAUUAAAUUGAAACAGGUCUUCAUGAAUCCGAGGACCCAUUAUGAAUAUGUGCAUAAUAUGAGAUUGCUGCAAAAGAGCCUCUUCAAACAGGGUGUUGAGAAGCAAAUCCCCAUUCAGCGGCUGGUUUCUCGUGGUAAUUUGGAGAAUUUGGAGUUUGCCCAGUGGUUCAAGGCUUUCUAUGAUCUUAACUAUAAGCUGUUAAGGGACGAAAAGCUGUUAAGGGAUGAUCAGUAUAGUGUGAUAGAUGUAAUGAAGACUGGUGUAAAACCCCAAGCGAAAUUCGACGAAAUGCCUGAAAGUUUCGUGGAUACCGAACAAAGCAGGAAUGAAUCAAGAUGUAGGCAUUAUUCACGUUCGAUAAGUCGACAUUCAGAUCACCUAGGGAAGAAUAUUGAAAACUACCAGAAGUGUGAAUGUGGAAGUUAUAUAUAUUCAAAAACAACCAGACGUAACCCAAUAUUAAAAUCUAGGGAUCCAUUUCGGAUGGCACACUCACUCUAUUACAUGAUAGAGGCCGUCAAUACAACAACUGCGCAUAUAAAUUCAACAUUAAAUACAAUCCGUAGAUUCUUAAUUAGAGAAAAUCCAGAUGUUUGCAGAAAAGUUUUCCCUAAGAAAUAUAGAAUCUUAAAUUCGCGACUCAUCAAUAAGCCUACUAGAUUGAUGACUAAGAGAAGGUACUUACAGAAUAAACAAGCAAAUUGGCAAGUAGGGCUUCUAAAAUCAGAAAAUCAAAAUUCAGAAACCUCACCAUCAAAAGACGAGCCUGGCAUUUUCCUUGAUGUUGAGGACCCCAGUAUAUCGAGGACUCAUAAAAUCGACGUAACUGACGAGGAACCAGGUAACGAACCAGAUCUAUUUCGAAGUCCACAGUCGAUUUCCACACAGAUCUUAGAUGAUUUAAGUUCAAGCUUCGAUAAUUUAUCAGAUAAAGAACAAGAUUCUCUUGGCCCAGAAUUGCAUUAUUCUUCGUCGGCAGAUGAAUGGUCCUUAAACUCAGAUGAGGGCUGUACGACAGACAGAAAUCCAAAGUCAAUUUCCACACAAAUAGUAAAGGAUUCUGAUGAUGUGCCCUUGUCCCAUAAUCUGGAAACCUUUAGUGCAAAUGCAGAAGACCAAUCCAUUCAUAAAGCUGAAAUGGGGAAGCAGGCAAUAAUGGCAGAUGAUUUAGGUUCCGACUUCGAUAGAGCAUCAGAUAAAGAACAAUUUUCUCUUGGCCCAGAAUUGUAUUAUUCUUCGGCCGACGAAGAAUUGUCCUUACGCUCACUUGAGGAAUGUACGACAGACAGGUGCUUUUCCUACAACAACCUGAAUUCUCUAUUUCGAAAUCCGGAGUCAAUUUCAACACAGAUAGUAGAGGAUUUCGGCGCUGGCCUGACCACGAAAAGUGUACCUUUGGAUGAUGAUGCGCCCGUUUUCUUUAAUCUGGAAACCAUUAGUGCAAAUGAAAAAGAAUUAGGAGAACAAUUUACUUUAAGACAUGACAUUCUCAAAGCUGAAACGGAUAAGCAAACUAAACCGGCAGAUGAUUUAAGUUCCAGCUUCGAUAAUUUAUCAGAUCAAGAACAAUUUUCUCUUGGUCCAGAAUUGCAUUAUUCAUCGUCGGCAGAUGAAUGGUCCUUAAAAUCAGAUGAGGGCUGUACGACAGACAGAAAUCCAGAGUCAAUUACCGCACAAAUAGUAAAGAAUUCUGAUGAUGUGCCCUUGUCCCUUAAUCUGGAAACCUUUAGUGCAUAUGAAGAAGACCAAUCCACUUCAAGACAUGAUAUUCAUAAAGCUAAAAUGGAUGAGCAAGCUAUAACGGCAGAUGAUUUAGGUUCCGACUUCAAUAGAGCAUCAGAUAAAGAACAAUUUUCUCUUGGCCCAGAAUUGUAUUAUUCUUCGGCAGCAGAUGAAUUGUCCUUAAGCUCACUUGAAGCAGACAGAUGCUUUUCCGACAGAAACCUUUAUUCUUCAACUAAUAAUAAUUGGAAUUAUUCGGAAGAUUCGAGUACUCUAUUCCAGAAUGAGCUGGAGACUGACAUGCCAAUUCCUUUCGCAAUUGUCAGAAGCAAAUCGCAGUCUAGCCAUGAAAAUAUUUCGGAAAAUACAAUACCUAUCAACGUUAUUGAUUUUCAGAAAUAUCGAAAUCCAUCAAAUAUUUGUAAUUCUGCAAAUAGUUCCACGACAGAUGAACUGUCGCAGAAAAAAAUGGAUCCUAAAAGAUGUAAUCGCAGUAAGAACUCUAAUGGGAAACUUCUCAGAAAUCGUUUGGCGCACGUUUUCUAUCAAUCUAGACACUUCAAAUAUCGCUCGAUUGGUGGUUGUUCUAAGCAGAAAAACGUUAAAAUCAAGUGCUUGAAGUAUUUGGUCAGAAACUUGAAAGUUGGAUUCCGCGCAAUCUCCGCGGUUGAAGAGUGUUCUUGCGAUGAUAACUCUGAUGUUGGGGAUUUGAGACAAAACCUCGCAUGUGUGUUGGACAAUUUUCAAAAAAAUCUUAAAAAUUUCCGAAAGAUUUUGAAAAGUUUGUACCGCCAAAAGAAAAUGAGGGAAGAAAUCAACUAUAUAAGAGAGAAGAAAGUUUGAAGCUUGCCCUAAGUACCUUAAUUUACAUACUUCUACCUGUCUAUUAAAUACAGAAAAAAUUCUACAA